ACCUUUAUUUCUGUUUAUGUCUGUUUCUGUUAUUCCUCCACCCUGAUUAAAGCCCCAGUUCCAGCUGAGGAAAAACAGUCCCAACAUAUGAUGCUGCCACCACCAUGUUUCCCAAUGGGGACGGUGUUCUCAUGGAAACAAGGCGGAACUGAGAGGCAGAAGGGAGAAGAGACCUACCAUACAUAUGCACCGGAAAAUGAAAAGCAGAUAAAGAGCACGAGAAUCAUAAAAAAAACAGAAAAAAAUGGAAAAAGGUAAGGGGAGUAAAUAUUUAUAAUCAUGAACACCACAUUUUGUGUUUAUACCUAGUCAUAUGAGCAUUGCUUAGUGGAAAUUCGCCGUGUGGUCAGUCCAGACAACACCGUAGCUUAAUUGCUAUUGCUAUUGCCAGGAGUUGAUCAGCUAGCAAUCGGCAAAUGUGGUUAGGGUCAUGAGGUACAGCCUCAGGGAAAAUACCCAAUGGAUAUAUUUUGUUGAUAAAGUGUCAUGAUUCCCCCUUGAAGCAGUGUGCUCUAAGCGCGAAUGCGCGAGCACCUACUUUUCCGUUGUUGACCGUAAUGACAUUGGGACACGUGUUUUGUUUAUGUUUCUCUCAUGUCUCCUCCCUGUUCCGUCAUUGGCUGGGAUUUCACGUGGGUCUGUAUUGCUCUCAGCUGCUAGCGGUUUAGACGCUGAUCAUGUCCGCAUAUAUACCGCGUGCCUCCCAGCACACAACGUGGAAGAUUAUCUUAGAGUUAGUUAAGUUUGUAUUGUAGUCAUAGUCACGGUCCAUGUUUAGAAUUAGUUUAAUUCGUAUUGUAGUCAUAGUUAUGUUCCAUGUUUAAAGUUAGUUCGCGCUGGAUUAUCUGCUUCCAGUCCCUCGUCAUAGUUCAUUUCUUGUUUUGUUUAUUGACCCUGUUUUCCGUGACCACGACCUAGAUUCCAGCCUUGCCCCGUGUAUACCUGUUUGCCAAUCGCCUGACCUCUUGCAUAUUUGUGGAUUACGUUUUGGAUCACGUUUUGGAUUUGUCUGCCUGUCUCUCUUUCAAAUAAACAACUGUUCAUCCUGCACUUGCAUCCAUCCUAUCUAUCUCUGCACCGUCACGAUUCGUAACAGAAUCUUCCACCGAAACAUGGAUGCAGCAGGAGAACGGAGGAGAUGCAGAACCUGGAAGUCGACGCCAACUGUCCCCGCUAUGGACUCAGUCCACUUCCCACAAUGGACAUUUAUGGGGCUUCCUGAUCCAUUUGACAGAUUUUUCGGUGCCCCAGAAUAUUUCCUGGUAGAUUGUCAAUUCUAUUUCUCCAGCCUGUCAGACCCUAAGCCAGAGGAGAAGCACUGGCUCUGAUUCAUGUGGUCCCGGUUCUUUGGACCGGCCCGUCAAUGGGUGCAGCUCAAACUGGAUAAGCACUGUAGGAACCUGGACAGUGUAGAACAGUUUGUGGGGGAAUUCAUGAUGCGAUUCAGGAGUCCGGAAGGUGAAGGACGAGCUAGAACAACUUCUCAGGGGGGUAAGUCUGGCAGGCGAACCUGCCCUGCCGUUUACCCACUACUACAGGCAACUUCAUGCAGAGCUCAACUCUGAAAUCCAAGUUAAGUCUCAAGUCCCUAAGGUCCAAGUCCAAGUCAAGCCUCCAGUCUCUGAAAUCCAAGUCAAGUCUCAAGUCCCUAAGGUCCAAGUCCAAGUCAAGCCGCCAGUCUCUGAGGUCCAAGUCAAGCCUCCAGUCUCUGAAAUCCAAGUCAAGUCUCAAGUCCCUAAGGUCCAAGUCCAAGUCAAGCCGCCAGUCUCUGAGGUCCAAGUCAAGCCUCCAGUCUCUGAGGUCCAAGACAAGCCUCCAGUCUCUGAAGCCCAAAUCAAGCCUCCAGGCUCUGAAGCCCACGUCAAGCCUCCAGGCUCUGAGGUCCAAGUCAAGUCUCAAGUCCCUGAAAUCCAAGUCAAGUCUCAAGUCCCUGAGAUCCAAGUCAAGUCUCAAGUCCCUGAGAUCCAAGUCAAGCCUCCAGUCCCUGAGAUCCAAGUCAAGCCUCCAGUCCCUGAGGUCCAAGUCAAGCCUCCAGUCCCUGAUGUCCGAGCCAAGCCUCCAGUCUCUGACGUCCGAGCCAAGCCUCCAGUCUCUGACGUCCGAGCCAAGUCUCCAGUCUCUGACGUCCGAGCCAUGUCUCCAGUCUCUGACGUCCGAGCCAAGUCUCCAGUCUCUGACGUCCGAGCGAAGUCUCACGUCCCUGAGCUCACGUCCAAGCCUGCUGAUCCAGUUGACCAAUCUCUGCUAAUACCUCAGCCUAAUGACCAAAUGCUGCUCACGCCCAAGUCUACCAACUUGGUCGCCCAAGUUCGGCUCACGCCCCAGUCUGCCGACACGGCCAGCCAAGCUCCGCCCGCGCCCCAGUCUGCCGACACGGCCAGCCAAGCUCCGCCCGCGCCCCAGUCUGCCGACACGGCCAGCCAAGCUCCGCCCGCGCCCCAGUCUGCCGACACGGCCAGCCAAGCUCCGCCCGCGCCCCAGUCUGCCGACACGGCCAGCCAAGCUCCGCCCGCGCCCCAGUCUGCCGACACGGCCAGCCAAGCUCCGCCCGCGCCCCAGUCUGCCGACACGGUCAGCCAAGCUCCGCCCGCGCCCCAGUCUGCUGACACGGUCAGCCAAGCUCCGCCCGCGCCCCAGUCUGCUGACACGGCCAGCCAAGCUCCGCCCGCUCCCCCGUCUGCUGACACGGCCAGCCAAGCUCCGCCCAUGCCUGAGGUUCACCUGGUGACCUCAGAGCCUCAACCUCCCUGUUCAGCUGUGGACGUCGCUCAGCCUCCCUAUUCAGCUGUGGACGUCGCUCAGCCCGCCUGUUCAGCUGAGGUCAUCGCUCAGCCCGCCUGUUCAGCUGAGAUCGUCGCUCAGCCCGCUUGUUCAGCUGAGGUCGUCGCUCAGCCUCCCUGUUCAGCUGUGGUCGUCGCUCAGCCCCCCUGUUCAGCUGAGGUCGUCGCUCAGCCUUCCGGCUCCAUGGCAAACGUCGUCCCCCCCCUACUGCUUCGAGGAGACCCACGCUCCUCUCCCUGGCCACACGGAGACCCACGCUCCUCUCCCUGGCCUUACAGGGGACUUCGCUCUGCCUUCCAGUUCAGCUGGGGUCGUCGCUCCGCUUUCAUGCUCUGCCGAGGACUUCGCUCAGCCUGCCUGCCCGGCUGUGGAUGUCGCUCUGCCUUCAUGCUCCGCCGAGGACUUCGCUCAGUCUGCCUGCCCUGCUGUGGUCGUCGCUCUGCCUUCAUACUCUGCCGAGGACUUCGCUCAGCCUGCCUGCCCGGCUGUGGAUGUUGCUCUGCCUUCAUGCUCCGCCGAGGACGUCGCUCUGCCUUCAUGCGCUGCCAAGAACACCGUGCAGUUUCCUGGCUCUGCUUGGGACAUUCAGCCCAGGGGGCCGGGGCCGCCAAUGAAAGGGGAUGACUUAUGGCACUCCGGAAGGGGUGACUUUGGGGGGGGAGGGGGAGUUCUGUCAUGAUUCCCCCUUGAAGCAGCGUGCUCUAAGCGCGAAUGCGUGAGCACCUGCUUUUACGUUGUUGACCGUGUCAUGUCUCCUCCCUGUUCCGUCAUUGGCUGGGAUUUCAUGUGGGUCUGUAUUGCUCUCAGCUGCUAGUGGUUUAGACGCUGAUCAUGUCCGCAUAUAUACCGCGCACCUCCCAGCACACAGCGCGGAAGAUUAUCUUAGAGUUAGUUAAGUUCGUAUCGUAGUCAUAGUCACGGUCCAUGUUUAGAAUUAUUUUAAUUCGUAUUGUAGUCAUAGUCACGUUCCAUGUUUAAAGUUAGUUCACGCUGGAUUACCCGCUUCCAGUCCCUCGUCAUAGUUCAUUUCUUGUUUUGUUUAUCGACCCUGUUUUCCGUGACCACGACCUAGAUUCCAGCCUUGCCCCGUGUAUACCUGUUUGCCAAUCGCCUGACCUCUUGCAUGUUUGUGGAUUACGUUUUGGAUCACAUUUUGGAUUUAUCUGCCUGUCUCUCUUUCAAAUAAACAACUGUUCAUCCUACACUUGCAUCCGUCCUAUCUCUGCACCGUCACGAUUCGUGACAUAAAGCACAUAAUAAAAAGAGAAAUGUGGAAAGAGAAAUAGAAUAAAAGCAGGAACCCUGCCCCAAUGUACCCUUUAUGGGCUUAACGGGAUUUGUACAGAAACUUCCAAAUCUGUGUAAUGGAGGUCAAAGGUGCAUAACCAAGUUUGAGGAGAAAACAACAGGACAACUAUUAGCCAUUUGGGAUAUAAAAGCCAUACUGUGUAAGACUGUGGGCAAAAGUCAAACCGAAGAAAUAAUGGAGAUGUCUGACUUGGAGAAAGAGUUGGAUGACCCCAGGUGUGAUCUAAUGCCUUUGGGCCUGAGGCGGAAUGUUGUAUGGGGAGCAAUAGGAAAAAUGUACCCCACAAAGUUAGAUCCAGGGCAGCUAGAAACUAUCAAACUGAAAGAGGAAGAAAAUAUAACAAAAUUCGUGCAAGAGUUUCAGGACUAAUGGAGAGACGAGACAGGAGGUAAGUGGGAUGAGUCCUCUGCCAGUGCAGGACUCUUCAGGAUGAUGUUAAAGAAUUCCCUACCCAAGGAAGUGCAAGAAUUAUUAUAAGACAUAGUGGGACUGUGAUAUAAUGGAAUGGAACUCAUUCAUGGCACACAUAACACAUCACAUAGAGCAGUGCAGGAAAAAGAAAAAGGAACCUAAAGAAACAGCUAAAGCAUUGAUGACCCAACUGUACAAGGCACAGCUGGGAGAGAUAGGAAGAGCAAUGCAGGAACAGAAGGAAAAGAAGAAAGAGAGUGCCAAACAAGCUGCGCUGAUGGUGACGUUACAAGCCACUGCAACUCAGGAACAGCCAAUUGUGGCCCCCGUCCCAGUGGUGGCACUGACACAAGCACAAGUAACAUACCCUCCUGUACAGAUACCUGCAAUACUGCUGGCACCUGUUGAAUAUAUGUAUAUGGGAAGGCCCCAAGCUCCCCAGAAUUACCGAUUUCAAAUAUAAGUGCCUCAGAACAGGGGCAAGGGCAGAGGGUUCUUACGUGAAGGCCCAAUGCAAAGACCCACCAGACAGAGCAUGUCUGCUGAAGGCUGUUGGACAUGUGAAGACCCAAGUCACCUCAGGAGAAGUUGUCUACAGGUAAUGGCCAGGUACACAUGGGGAGAACAUGUGGAUAAGGCUGAGAGGAGAGGUCAGACCCUUGGGCCACAGGCCAUGAGACAGGGAAGAGGAAACCAAAGGAUGGAGCAACAAUGGCAGCCUCCAGUGCUUCCUGGAGGGCCAAUGUUUGGCCCUAAUGGGGGGCCGAACAUACACCAGAGUUGAAGAUGCCCAGAGAAGUCAGAGGGGGAGCUGAUGCAAUAUGUCAUCACACUGCACCUGGAACAAGAACCAACAGUCCUGGUGUCAGCCAGGAAGGGAUUAAAGGUUCCCUUCAUGAUUGAUACUGGGGCUACUUAUUCAAGCAUUGGGAAAGAAGGCUCACAGCUCCCCAUACAUUACAAUACUUUUGUUAUAGGGGUAACAUGGCAGCAGACGAGGCAGCAAAAAAAGCUGCUUUAGGAACAGCACACUGAUGGCCUUGAUAAAUUCAGGAAAGGAAGAGGUCUGGCACCCACAAGAGUAUAAUAUGGAACAAAACCAGGCCAGUGAGGCAGAAAUAGCUAAAUGGAUAGCUAGAGGGGCCAAGCAAGAACGAGGCAUGGGGUUGUGGUGGAGUGUAGAUGGCUUAUGUGUUGCCCCACUGAAUCUCUUACCACUCAUAAAAGAUGCACAUGGUGGAGAGCAUGCAAAUAGAGGACAAACCUUGAAAAAAUCAGGUAGGUUUGGUGGUCCCCCUAUUUAGCUAGCAUGCUUAAUCAGACACUAAAUCAAUUCAAGACAUGCAUAUGACACAAUGUUUGCAAGAGCUUUACAGCCCCUAUUGGGCACAUUCCAGAACCGAGGUGGCCCAUUCAGACACAUAAUAAUGGACUUUGUGGAUAUGGGCAGUGACAAUUGGAAAGAAGGUAAGAGAUACAUAUUGGUAGUAGAAGACCACAUUCAGUCAUUGGAUAGAGGCUGUUCAAUGGCCAAUCAGGAGGCGUUAAUGGCGGCUAAGUUUCUGUGAAGGGAAGUUAUUCCACGGUUUGGAGUCCCAGAUUUCAUCAGCUCAGACAAUGCUAUACAUUUUGUUAAUCAGGUUAUAAAGGGUGUAGCUAGGGCCUUGUGUAUGGAGCAUAAGCUGGGGUGUGUGUACCAUCCACAGUCACAGGGAAUGGUGGAAAGGGCUAACGGAAUAAUAAAUAACAAGGUUACAAAGAUCUGUGAAAGCUCACAGCUUAACUGGGUCAAGCAUUGCCACUAGCCCUAAAGAAAAUGUGGUCCCAGACUAACUGUACUACUCAUCUAACCCCACAUGAGAUGUUGAUGGGCCGUCCUAUCCCUAUGGCGUUUACUCAGGUUCCCUACAAGGGCCCACCUCUUGAACAACUAGAGGGCAAAAUGCAGGAAUAUGUGCACCACCUAAACCAAAUCCACAGGCAUUUGUAUUUGCAGCUCCAUGAACGUGGUUCAUCCAUGGUGAAGAUGUCACCACACCAGAAAGACUGGUGGAACCAGGGGACUAUGUGUACAUAUGCAUGUUCAAAAGGAAGCACUUCAAUGACGCUCGAAGAGAAGGACCAUUCAAGGUGGUUGCAGCAUCUCCAACUGCACUGCAGGUUGAAAGCAAAGAUCAGUAGGACCACCUAAACCAUUGCAGCCACGGGGUAGGAAAAGGUAGACUUUUGCGCCCUACUGAGGAUGUUGAAGGUAUGCUCCAGCAUCAUAAUCAAGGAGGGAAAGGUAGACUCCUGAAUCCUGCUGGAGAAGCAGAUGGCACACUCUCUGUAGAUGAUAAAGAGGACCUAGACUUUGCAAGCAACAGUGAUCCGGACGAUUCCCAGGCAGGUCCACCUCACAGAACAUGUGGACAAGUUAGGAGAAGGGGAGAGUGCAAAGCAUGCAAGCACACCAGGUGGUAACACUCCAGAGCAUGGACCGUUGAUGAUUCCAGGUGAAGACACCCCAUGGGUAGUACCAGACAUGGUUGACAUACCACCUGAGGAAGUCCCUACACCUCCAGCCCCUAUCCUAGACCGAGGCCAGAUCUCUUAGUGCCCUUUCAUACUUGAUGCCAAGACUGGGAGUGGUGCAGUUGUUAGAGGAAGACCAUCACCCAUACGAGCAGCCGUUUGGGACUCUAGAUCUACAGGAUCUGAGAGAUCUCGACAUCCUUGCUGAUCCCCAGCAACCCCAGCAGCACCUGAACACCAUCCCUGUCGUAGAUAUAAACCACAAAAUUCUACAGCUCCUUUCACAUGUAUUUGUAGUUCUGCUGCCGCAGGCAGCCCAUGCAGCUGGACCAGAUGCCGUACCCCAAGCUGGCCAUGAUGACAUACACAUAAAUACGCCUGAUCACACAUCAGCAAUCACACUAAAAUCCGGGUGCUUCUUGUGGCCAUUGUUGUAAUAAGUGCUGUCGGAUUUACUGCACUUAUUAUUAUCAUUCUAGGUGGCUCUAAGGUCCAGAAAAUAGUACCCCUAACUGAAAUGUUGUUGCACCACACUACCGUCAGAAACAGCAGCACGAUCAUUCAUUUGCAGGUGCCUAACACCAAGCAGACUGAUGCUAUACUCCCUCACAGACCAUGCAGACACACUAAUGGCUUGGCCAUACCGACAAGCUGAAGUACUCCUGCUAAUCUAGAUCGUAGAUGUGCCUUAGCUUUGCUUAAAUUGGCCCAGGGUGCACACAUGCUUAGAGCAGGUACCAACUAUACCAUCCAUUACAGAACAUGGGGCAUGCAGAACUCCUCAUUAAGAAGUAUAACCCGGCAGUCACCUGGAGCUGAUUUCCUGCAUCAGAGGGCAGGCAUGCUACAAUCCGGUCAGUAGGUUACACAAAUAGGUCCAUUAAAGAUUACUGGUUGCCCAAAGUUGUUUCUUUGCUUGGCUAGCACCUUCAGAGUCAGUAAUAUUACCAAGGCAGAUGGGAUAACUGAAAUUAGGGGCCUGAAAACAAUAUCACACCUCCACUUUUCUUUUCAUUGUAACACGGCAUGCAGUGAUCACCCCCAAACCAUCAUAGUCAAAAGGACCACCGCUGCCCAAAUGGUAAGACUGCAGAGAUAUAGCUUUUAUAAGAAGGUUACCCGCCCCUGCAGUAACUUGUAUUUGGAGUGGAUGUUUCACACAGCUCGCAUAGUUACCAAUCACACCUGUCUUGUAUGUCAUGAGUGUAGUGCUCGAACCCCACUCAUGCGACCUUUGGGAAAUUUGGAUGAAUGUUUAGUAGAACCUUACAAUGAGCACUACUUUUGUCCUACAGUCUGCCUGUUGGGGGCAGUGAGUACCCCUCUCGAUGCUUGUAUUCCAGUAUAUGUUGGCUUCCCAUGCACCUUUCCUCUCUGUGUUUGUGCUGAGGAAGGCCUUGAUUUUGUAAGCAGCAUAUCUAGUGACUGUACUCAUUGUAUUAAGCCGGCCCCCAUCCCUAUGUUGUCUACCCACGCCCAUGUGUGACAACAAUACAGAGUAUAUGUUUACAGACUUAUCUAUGGUUCAUAUACAGUUGCCUGAAUUAGUAGAUGGUACUUUGCCCUUGGUGGACAUUUUUUGAUAUUGUAGUGGAGACAGUAUAUGCCAGACCCUCCCUAUGUAUUGGCUGGAGUGCUGCAGUCCAAUACGCCUGGAAGGUAAGAAUUGUGUACUCCAGUUGACUAACAACACAUAUAACAACAUUACUGUGCUUUCAUGACCAAAAAGGGAUGUUGUACACAUAUCCUCUUGGACAGAUUAUGUGCGAGAUGUUGAAAAUAUACAGUACUUCGACUGGGCUCUGGACCAAGUGUAUCUCUUGAGUUUGAUGGAACACCUGUGGGUAUCCCAAAUCAAUAUAAGGCAAUCUGUGGUGGGCGCACGGUGGCUUAGCACAUUUGCCUCACACCUACAGGGUCUGGGGUUCGAUCCCCGCUGGGGCCAUGUGUGUGCGGAGUUUGCAUGUUCUCCCCGUGCGGCAGGGGUUUCCUCCGGGUACUCCGGUAUCCUCCCCCAGUCCAAAGACAUGCAUGGUAGGCUGAUUGUGUAUGAAUGGGUGUGUGAGUGUGUAUGUAAGUGUGCCCUGCGAUGGACUGGCACUCUGUCCAGGGUGUACCCUGCCUUGUCCGAUGCUCCCUGGGAUAGGCUCCAGGUUCCCCCACAACCCUGAAGAAGGAGUAAGCUGGAUGAAUCUGUGGGUGGUGGAUUUGCUGCCAUGCUACUGCCCAGUGUCCAAAUAAUCUGUAGCACCACAUGGAUUAACUACAUCUGGUCCAACCAACAGUGGUUUAUUAACUAUUCACUCGAUGCUUUGGAUUUGGUACAUGAGCAUGCUACUUCACUAUUGAUCAAAUGCGUGCCCCUUCAAUUUGCCCCUUCAACGUGCCCCUUCAAUUUGCCCCCAAAUUGAUCAAAUGCAUGCCCCUGAUGAAGGAGUGUGUACUAUGGUUGGGGCUGAAUGUUGUGCCAUUAUACCCUUGCAUACCGGAACACAUGGUGCCCUCACCAAAAGCUUAAACAAUUGCGGGAGGAACAAGUCCGUAGCACAGGUUUUUCCCCAUUAGCCCAUUUACCCAUUUACCCCAUUUGUGGUUGUCUUGGUUUUUCUCCGCUGAUUGGGCAUCCACGUUGACCCGCCUCGGCGUUGCCAAUGUAUAGCUUUGUUUAUGAUAGGCCUCAUUGCAUGCUAUGUUAUCCCUCAUCCAGACUUAGUGCCAUCCCUCAUCCCCUUGUCUCCUAUGGUUGAGGCGUAUCUGCCUCAAAGGGGGUAAGUGUUAUAUUACAAUGUUGAUUAAAGCUCAAGCUUACAGGUAUAUUAUGCAGUGUUAAAAGUGUAGAGUUGAGUGUACUAUGUAAAUACAGGGAUACUGGUAGGUACUUAUAUUAUUUAUUAAUGUACUUAUAUAAAUUUAUUUCUUGUACUUAUGCUGGGGUUAUAAGUAUCCACACACUAAUGUACUAUAACCAAUGUUUGCGUAUCCCUAAUUUGCAUGAAGACAUUGGAUCACUUACGCACCUACUAGUUGUUACUGUGCAUGGCAAUUAUAAAAAGUAAAGAACACCGAAGCACCACUCUGUAUUGCAUGACCAAUGCUUGCUGCAAUUAUUAAGGAAUGUGCAAGUAUACUAACUGUCUAGGUGGACAGAAAGCACAGACUGGACUUCACUAGACUUUACACCACAAGUCAUCACUAGCAAGAAAAAUGGAUGGUUAUACUUAUAUCAUGAUGUGUAUUGUGGUUACAGUGAUGCAUAUUGUCGUUAAACUGAGCUAGGUGUAGCCACUGUCAAGCAUGCAGCACUGGCAGGGUGGGAAUUUUGCCUUUGAGUCCUGAAAAUGGAAGGUAGUGGUCAAUAAGGCCUAUCUGAGAAAAUAGGGAGGCAAUAAGGAUAUUACCAUUAGAUGUAGUCAAAAAUAGGAGCAUUAUUAUUGCAUGAUGUAGUCAACAGAAUAUGAUCAGUUGCUUCAUUUGAUAUUCAGUACUCAACAACAUAGUAACAACACACAUCAGCCAAUUACCUGAGCACCUUGAAUUAGUUAUCUACCCAAGUAGAAGCCAUGGCAGUGUAUUGGUAUGUGUGUCCUGCUCAGCCUGGUGAUAGGUCAUUACGCCCAGUUUUACAGCUGCCAUGUUAUUUUGAACGGAACAGCAGUACAAGAGUGGACUUUUUACCUUCGAUAGCUCGAAAUUUGCUUGAGAGACACCCAGGUCAGGCAAUUGUAGAGGUCUCAUCUGCAGUAAACAAUAUAGGACUGGAGAGAUUGGACAGAUGGCACGCUGGGUAUAUAACAGUAAGAAUAAGACAGUUGACUCAUGGUGGCCAAAGGGUGAAAAAGGCAGUAUUUAUACAUAGGUAUCCCUUAAAUUAAGAGAAGAGUGAGGAUUAGAGAUCCUCAAAGAGGGUAAUGUGGUAAUAAAUUUAAGACGCAGGAAAACACAAGGGUAACAGAGAAUGUAGUUUUUUGAGAAUCACUAUCAUACAAUGGGGAGGAAAAAUGACUUGUUGGAGAAUAAUCAGUAGGUGAAACGUAAUAAUAUUGUGUGUUUGUAGCAAAGCUACUAUCAUCAUCAGAGGAAAGAAUAAACGGGCCCUCCACAGAGGUUAUGGGACACAGUUGAGCCUCAGUUUGAGUAGAAGCAUGAGCAUAGGUUAUCGAUGGAAUUUUGUCAAACAUAUCUUUUAGUAUUAUGGUCAAAAAGUUCAGCUACUGCCACAUUCCCAGUUAUAAAAGGGUGUGCACACUAUAGCAGGUUAUUGUAUUUUUUUUCCAUUUUGCCCACUAAAAUGAUACUUAUUGUGUUUCACUUUAAUUAAUAGGUUAAAAUUUAACAAUAAAAACAGAAAAGGUUCUGAAAUGUGUGAUGACCUGUAAUUUACAGACUUUCCUGAACUGAAAUAUGUUUCUCUUUUGUAGGUAUCUCAAUUAAACAUAAUAUUAACGUGUCCCCCCUAAAAGCGAUAAGUGUCAGAUAAGUGCCCAGAGCACACAAGCAACCCUGCUCAUAGUCACCUGUGUUCAAUCAGGUGCACUCACUCAGGAUUCUUAAAAAAAGAGACUUUCAUUCACAAGCAAUUCACAAAGUAUAUGAUCAGUUUAUCUUUGUGCACCUGACUAUACCAAGCCUUUAUUUGUUUAGUGCUUCUCUUGUUUUGAGCAUGUUUGUUUACCUACUUUUUUGACCUUGAAUCUGCCUAUUGAUUUGGAUUUGUUUACCUGUGUGUUAUUAAAAGCUGUUACCUGCAACUGCAUCCAUCUUUGCCUCCAUUAACUAACAAUAAGAAAGAAAAUUGCAUUUAAAUAACAUUUAUUUAACCAUCCAACAGAUUUACAGUUCACUUUUGAUAACAUUAUACUUUAUUUUAAAUCACCAUCGGAGGCAGAGGCUUACUUUAAGCAUCACAUCAAACCAAAUAUGGAUGCACGCAUUUCUGAAUAGUUUUUCAGGGCCCCUCAAUGUCUGCUACUGCGUGCAUGGUGCUAUGAGGGACAAACUUUAGCAGUGCAGUGGUGACACCUACUGGUUAAAGUCUAAAGUCUAAAGUCUAAAAAUUGUCUUUUCUCUUUUCUACAAGAUAAAAAAAACAUAAAAAAAACACUUGUGUGUUAAAGGUUAUUUUGGACAUUGACAUUGAGGGCACAAUAAGCAGAAUGGUAAAGAAGAAAGGAGGGAAAAUUUCUCAUUCCUUUCAAGAGUUGUAGCCAUUUAAGUAAAAGUGGCCAUGCCCACUUUGUGCCCUUGCAAGGGUAAAUCAGAAGUUCAACUUUUUUAAGAUAAAUAUUGUUUUAAAACAUCCAUAGUAUUGUAUACGGGCUGAAACUUUGCAACGCUGUAGUACUCUGGGGUUCUACCUUCCCUCAAACUUUCAGCUCUCUAAUACUUAUGAUUUGGUCUGCACAGUCAGUUUUAGGGCAGAAUAAUAAUAAAAUAAAAAAAGAAUAAUAAAAGUCCUUACAAUUACAAUAGGGUUUCAGCCCCUCGGGCUGAAUUAAGCAGUCACUCAUAGCAAUUAAACCAUAUAGAGUUCAACUGAAUGUUUGAAACCUUUGAGUUGCACCAUGUACUACUAUACUGGGCAAAAGCUUGUUACACUGAAGUCAAAGGGGUGUCACAGUUCUGUUUCUACAGUAUAUGGAAUAGAUUGCAUUCAUGACUGUUUUACUAGGCAGGCAAUGAGGAAGUGCUGAGGUCAGCCAGGCAUCUUCUGUCCUUGUUGAACAAUUUUCAAGGAGGUUCAGCUGGGCCUAGCCAUUACAGCAACAGACAACACAGUCAAGGAGGACACACUGCAAGGACAUCUUUUCAGGCAGAUAUGACCAGAUCCUUCCCAGGAUUGUUUGUAAAUCGCAAAGGAAAACACCAUUUUUCUGGUGCAUAUCCUGUACCCAGCAAACCAAAGUCUUUUCAGGUGUUGUUCCACCUUCUCCCAAACCAGAGUGAGAGGUCUCCAAAUGACCAAGAGCAGCUGCUUCACGCUCAAGCAGGAUUGGGAUGCCGAACAGGACAUUUAGAUGAAAAUAUGACUCAUGAAGUAUUGAAGGAUGUCACUGGUGGUUGGCUGACUUACAGAACAGGAGGUGGUUGGGGACAUAGAAAACUUGUUGUGGUGGCCCCUGUAGACUGUAGCUAUACAGGAAGGAUACUAAAAUUGUCAAGAACAAAAUAAAAUACUGUUAUACAGUAACUUACAAAAGUGA